AGCCCUUUCUGCCUCGUCAUCUACUGCCCCGGGGAGGCUCGACCCGUGAGUGGGGCCGCCCGCAACGCAUAGAACUGGGAGCCCCACCCCACUCGGCUGGGGGAGGGAAGAGAAACUGAGAUUGGGCAGAAUCCGCGCCCCACCACCACCAGCCGCGCUCGAAGGAGCCCCCACCAUGGGCAAUGCGCAGGAGCGGCCAUCAGAAACGAUCGACCGCGAGCGGAAACGCCUGGUGGAGACGCUGCAGGCCGACUCGGGGCUGCUGCUGGAUGCCCUGCUGGCGCGGAGCGUGCUCACCGGGCCCGAGUACGAGGCGUUGGAAGCGCUGCCGGAUGCCGAGCGCAGGGUGCGCCGCCUGCUGCUGCUGGUGCAGAGCAAAGGCGAGGCCGCCUGCCAGGAGCUGCUGCACUGCGCCCAGCGUACCACGCGGGCGUCCGACCCCGCCUGGGACUGGCAGCACGUGGGCACCGGCUACCGAGAACGCAGCUACGACACUCCAUGCCCUGGCCACUGGACACCUGAGGCACAUGGCUUGAGGACAACUUGCCCUGAACUGCCCAGAGCUUCAGACUGCAAUGAGGCUGGGGUUCCCGGGGGCUCCGAGGCUGUGCAAUCCGGAACGCCUGAGGAACUCGAUCCGGAGCUGGAAGCUGGGGCCUCUGAUAGGGCUGAGCAGGAUUUGGAACCAGAGGCAGAGGCAGAACCGGAACCUGAACUGGAGCUCGAACCCGAGCCGGCGCCAGAGCCAGAGCCCGACUUCGAGGCGGGUGACGAGUCUGAAGAUUCCUGAAUGCCCGAGCACUGACAGGCCGCCCCUGCCCAAGCCAAAUAGGACCUGGAAUCCUGCCCUGGCAUUGGCGGGGGGGGGGGGGGGGCCCCCCUCUGACCCGGUACCGCUAGAGUGAAUAAACUCUGGAGGGUUAGCCUGGG